GGGCUAGGACUGAGGGGGGCGUGCAGGUGAGCGGGGAGUUGCGGGCAUGGCCGAGGCCAGGAAGCGGCGGGAGCUGCUACCCCUGAUCUACCAGCAUCUGCUCCAGGCGGGCUACGUGCGCGCUGCGCGGGAAGUGAAGGAACAGAGCGGCCAGAAAAGUUUCCUGACUCAGCCUGUCACCCUUCUGGACAUCUACACACACUGGCAACAAACCUCAGAGGUUGGCAAGAAACGGAAGGCAGAGGAUGAUGCGGCUCUGCAGGCCAAGAAGACCCGGGUGUCUGACCCCAUCAGCAGCUCAGAGAGCUCAGAGGAGGAGGAGGAAGAGGCAGAAGCCGAGACCACUAAAGCUACCCCGAGACUAGCGCCAAGCAACUCCUCAGCCCUGUCAGUGGUUUUGCCAUCAAGCAUGAAAGAAAAAGCCAAGGCAAAGAAAGGUGGCCAGAUGAUGAACUCCAUAGCACACCCUGCCUCUGGGAAGGCAGUGGUCCAGCUCCUCUCUGGAAAGUCCACCAGGAAGAUGCCAGAGCCCUCAGUGAAUACCAUCUUGGUCUCAGAAACUGAGGAGGAGGGCAGCGUCCCAGCCGUCAAAACCACUGCCAAGCCCGGAAUGGCAUCAACAGGCCAGGCCGACAGCUCCAGUGAGGACACCUCCAGCUCCAGCGAUGAGACAGACGUGGAGGAGAAACCCUCAGGAAAACACCCCCAGGUCAAAGCCUCACCAGCCUCUGCCAAGGGGUCUCCAGGGAAAAGAGCAGCACCAACCCCUGAGAAGGUGAAGACCUCGGAGAAAAUUGUCCAGGUCAGAGCUGCCUUGGGUCCUACGAAGGGAACCCCUGGGAAGGCAGGACCUGCACCCACCCAGGCCAAGGCAGGGAAGCCACAGGAAGACUCUGAUAGCACCAGUGAGGAGUCGUCAGACAGUGAGGAAGAGACACCAGUUGCCAAAACCCCUCUUCAGGCAAGGCCCUCGGCAAAGACCCCCCAGGUUAAAGCAACCUCUACCCCUACCAAGGCGUCCCCUAGGAAAGGAGCCCCUCCAAUGCCACUUGGCAAGACAAGGCCUGCAGCUGCCCAGGCCACGAAGCAGAAAGAGGACUCAGACAGCAGUGUUGAGGAGUCAGAUAGUGAGGGGGAGUCUCCGGUAGCUGUGCCCCCAACCACGAGCCCAACUCAGGCAAAGCCCUUGGGGAAGAACCCCCAAGCCAGAGUUGCCUCAACCACUGACGCGGGGCCCUCAGGGAAGGGCCAUAUUCCGGCACCCCCUGGGAAGGCAGGGUCUGUGGCAUCCUUGACCCAGACUGGAAAGCAGAAGGAAGACUCAGAGAGUAGCAGUGAGGAGUCAGAAAGCGAGGGGGAGGCGCCAGCAGCUGUGGCCACAACCCAGGCAAACUCCUUGGGAAAAAUCCUCCCAGUCAGACCUGCCUCAGGUCCUACCAAGGGGCCCCUGCAGAAGGCAGUGCCUAUAGCCACACAGCUUAAAGCAAAAAAGUCCAAAGAAGACUUGGAGAGCAGUGAGGAAGAGUCUUCAGACAGUGAGGAGGAAGCCUCCACAGCUGUGACUCCAGCCCAGGCAAAACCAGCUAUGAAAACUCCUCAGACCAAGGCCUCCCCAAAGAAGGGCACACCCAUCACCCCCACUUCUGCCAAGGUUGCACCAGUGCGACUGGGCACUCCAGCCCCCUGGAAAGCUGGAGCAGCAACUGCUCCAGCCUGCUCGUCAUCCCCAGCCGUGAUCAGGGCCACCCAGAGAGUAGAGGAGGACUCUUCGAGCAGUGAGGAGUCAGAGAGCGAGGAAGAAACAACUCCUGCCACAGCCGUGGGACAGGUAAAGACUGCAGGGAGAGGCCUCCCUGUGAAAGCUGCCUCAGUGCCCACCAAGGGGCCCUUGGGGCAAGGGACAGCCUCAGUACCUCCUGGGAAGGCAGGGCCUUCAGUGGCUAAAAGACAUGAAGAAUCUACAAGCAGUGAGGAGGAAUCGGACAGUGAAGAGGAGACUGAGACUCCAGCCCAGAUGAAGGCCUCCCUGAAAACUCCUCAGAUCAAAGCCAGCCCAGCUUCCACCAAAGCGGCUUCAGUCAAAGAGGCCGUGGCAGCUGCCGGAAAAGUGGUCACUGCAGCCACUCAAGCCAGUUGGCGGUCUCCAGCCAAGGCAAAGCCCUCAGGGAAUACCCCGCAAGUCAGAAUUGCCUCAGCCCCUGCCAAAGGGUCCCCUAGAAAAGAGGCUGGCCCAGCACCUCCUCAGAAGACAGGACCUGCAGCUGCCCAGACUGGGAAACAAGAGAAAGACUCAGAGAGCAGCAGCGAGGAGUCAUCAGACAGCGAAGGGGAGACACCAGCUGCUGUACCCCCAGCCCAGAAGGAGAAAAACUCUAAGACUUCAAGAAGCAAGACUCUGGCUUCUGCACCUCCAGAGAAGAACAACACAGAGGGAUCCUCCGAAAGCAGUGACGAGGAGCUUCCGGCGAGCCAGGUGAUUAAACCCCCUCUGAUUUUUGUCGACCCUAAUCGUAGUCCAGCUGGCCCGGCGGCUACCUCUACGCAAGCCCAGGCUGCGAGCACCCCGAGGAAGGCCCGGGCCUCAGAGAAUACAGCCAGGAGCUCCUCCUCAGAGAGCGAGGAUGAGGACGUGAUCCCCGCCACGCAGCUCUCCACUCCCGCUGUUAGAACCAAUGUGGUGACGGUGCCCACAGCCCACCCAAGGAACGUCCUCGGAGCCGGAGUUGGCGGGGCCAGCAGCAGUAAGGCAUCUGGUCAAGCCUUGGAAGGCAAGAAGCUGGAGACACCAUCUGCUCAGGUGACAAAGAGGAACCCAGCCAACCUCCCGCUGACCCAGGCUGCCCUGAAGGUCCUUGCCCAGAAAGCCAGUGAGACCCAGCUUUCAGCUUCCACGACCCCAUCUUCAAAUGGGAUGAACAGUGCUGUGGGUGUGCACCCUGUGACCAGUCCCCAGAGAACGCCUGUGCAGGACCGAAGCACCAGCAAGCUCAGGAAGCCUGAGAUUCCUGCAGUCCAGAAGGCCACGGCUGCUCCUUCAGGACACGCCAAAGGCAAGGCUUCUGGGACCUCAGAAGACAGUGAGGACAGCAGCUCUUCAGGGAGUGAGGCGAAUGCUGAGGCAGGGCAGGCACCCCCUUUGACCCAGAGGCUAGGCCCAGCCCCCUCCAGGAAGGAGACCUUGGUGGAGGAAACCUCAUCAGAGUCCAGUGAUGAUGAGGUGGUGGAACCUUCCCAGUCUCUCCUCUCAGGUUCUGUGACCCCUGGACAGACUCCGGCCAAUUCCCAGGCUUCAAAGGCCACUUCCAGGCCCAAUUCCAACCCCUCGGUUUCCUCUACUCCAACCACUAGAGAUGCCCCUGAUGGCAAGUGGAGAUUGGAGCCCCAACAAGCAGCAAGCACCAUAUCCCCUAAAACAGGCAGAAGAGAGGUUAGCACCACCCCUCAGAAGCCCCAGAAGCCCAAGAAGGGAGCAGGGAACCUCCAGGCCUCCACGUUGGCCCUGCAGAGUGACAUUGCCCAGCGCCUCCUGAGUGAGCCCUGGCCCCUGAGUGAGGCUCAGAUACAGGCCUCAGUGGUGAAGUUCCUGACAGAGCUGCUGGAGCAGGAAAGGAAGAAAGCCAUGGAUGCCACCAAAGAGAGUGGCAAGAAGGGCCGAGCGGGCCGCAAGCGGAAACUUUCAGGAGACCAGACGGCAACCAGGGCCCCUGGGAGCAAGAAGAAAAAGCAGCUGGUGUCCAGGGAAGGUGGAGAGGGGACCACUGUCCCAGAAAAGACCCCAGGGACUCCCAAAGAGAAACCCAAGAGAGACAGAGCACGUGGUGACAUCAAGGAGAAGAAGGGGAAGGAGUCUCCUGGCUCCCAAGGGGCCAAAGAGAAGCCAGAAGGAAAACUGGGGGUGGUGACGGUGGAGGGUGGAGACGCAGGUGAUUCAAAGAACAAGAAGGAAAAAAAGAAAUCUGACAAGAAAAAAAAAGACAAGGAAAAAAAGGAAAAGAAGAAGAAGGCAAAAAAGGCCUCAAGUAAAGACACUGAUUCACUAUUGCAGAAAAAAAAGAAGAAAAAGAAGAAGAUGGCAGAGCAGGCUCUCUGAGGGCACAAGCAUCAGGGAUUUCUUAGCUAAGUGGUGUCCAGCCCCCUGCCUCUGCUGACUAUGAGUUGGAAUUGAAUUUUUAACCUUCCGUCCCUCCCCAGAAGAAGAUGGCCAGCUUCGAUGCACAAGCAGAGAGCGAGGAGCCCUGCGGGGGGCUGGUCAGAGGAGGACGCCCAGCUCUCUCAUCCUGCUUGCCAACCCGCACCUGACCUCUGUCCCAGCACAGGACACUUCAUAGAGAUGUGUACAGUAUAUAUAUUUUUUUAAGUGACCUGCCCCUCUCCCAACAGAACCUCCGUGCCCAUUGGCCUCGGGCUCUCCGCCUGUGUCCUGCAGCUCCGUCCCUGCCCCUCUCUCCAGCUGAGGCUCUGUCCUCCUUUUGUCAGUUUUUCCCCAUGUUGUUUGUGGGCUUUUUGUAAGAACUCAGAAAAUAAAAGACUGUUAAGGAAAAGUGCAAGUUCCCAGUGCAUCUGGGGCAAAAGUU